AUGCCGUAUUCCUCCGGGCCUCGAGCGUUUCUAGAAACCAUGCCCAAAGGCGCCUACACCACCACGCGCACGUUUGGCAACGGUUCCCACCUUCUCUUGUGGGACUUUCACCUCGAUAGAGUCACUCGGUCGCUGCGUCUGCUCGCCAAGGCUCACCCGGAGCUGUUCCCGAACCUGUCACCGAACCUGCUGUCAAUCCGCUACCAGGCGCAGGAAGAAGAAGAGUACUCUCAAGAGGAGGACCAGAAAAGGGCGGAUCAAAUACGAAAUCUGGUUGCUGAUUUGCGCACGGAUAUUAGAGUGUCCGUGUUUGCAGCUGUGCAAGAAAUGGUGGAGUGUGAUUGGUGGAGGAGGAACGCGUUCGUUGGUGAUGCUGCUACGUCUGGUGCAUCAAAUACAGAUGAUGCAGCUUCAAUGAGUGAAGAAACAGCAGCAAGAUCCACAGCGCGAGCACGAGGCGUUGAGGUCUACGUGCAUGCCAGCACGGUUCACACCACGAACCCCUUGCCAUCCCACACCCUGCCGCCGCCUGUCUGUGCUGCUGUCAUGGGGCCUGGACGCCUCACUCCCCUUGCCAAAUUCUCCUCAUGGCCCCUCGUCCGCCGUUCCCUGGAGGCGGCAAGGCCAGCAGAGGCAAGGGACGUGAUCCUAUCGAAUGAUGGUGACGUUCUUCUGGAAGGCAUCACCUCCAACCUCUUUGUCAUGGCUCGGACCGAGCCUGCCAGUGAGAGAAACUCAAGCCAUGGCUCUCCUUGGCAUGGAUUCGAGCUGCAGACAGCAUCACUUGACAGUGGGAUCCUUCCAGGAAGCAUCCGACAAGCCAUCAUUGACACGUGCAACGAAAGGGGCAUUCCUCUACGAAUCAAGACCCCGCAGUGGAGCGAGCGUGCCUUGUGGGUGGCAGCCUUUGUUACAAACGCCCUGAGUAUCGUCCAGCCUGUCGACAACAUUCUCAUGCCUGCCACGUGGCCUUCUGAGAUCACUUAUGACAGCUGGCAGUCUGUGGACAAGUGGCUGACAUGGCAAGCUCCUGCACUCGAGAACGAACAGCAAAACCGACACCGGAAGCCCCAACAGCAGCAACAACAGCAGCAGCAGCAGCAGCAGCAGGGGAGGCGGGCGUUUUGCGGGGAGUGCCACAAGGCGACAAGUGUGUGCAUCUGCGAUCGAUUCGGCGAUCCCGUGGACAACCGCGUGGGCGUCACCAUCCUGCAGCAUCCCAAGGAGAAGUACCACCCGUUGGGCUCGGCGCGCAUUGCCCUGCUGGGGCUGCAGCGCGUGCGCGUGGUGGUGGUGCCGCUGGGGCGCGGGCGGCCGGGGUUGCAGCCCAAGGACCCCUUCUCCCGCCGCUCCCUCAUGGGGCGCUCGGGGAGGGGGCGGUGGCGCAAGGGCGCGGGGAAAACGCAGGGGAACGGGGUGAAGCAGGCUGAAGGCCCUGGAGAGGAGCAAAGUCGGGGGCAAGGACAGGGGCAAGGACAGGGCCAGGGGGAAGAGCAGGGGAAUGCGGAGGGGCUGCAGGAUGGGGAGGAGCUAAAGCAAGGGAAAGGAGUAGCGGGUGACGGGGAUAGUGGAAGGGACGGGGAAGGGCGAGGAGGGGAACACGCGUGGGGGAAAGGAGAAAUGGGUGGGGGAAGCAAUGAAAGGGAUGGGGACGCAAGCACAGGCGGGGAUGGAGCAUUCGUGUUUCCCACUGCGGUUGGUGAAAGGGGUGAGGUGAGAGGGGGUGAAUUGCCGCACUACCACUUGCCACCGCAUGCUGCUGCGCCAUCUAGAUAUGGGUUCAUCCGCAAGCAACCAAAGUUUGGUUGUCUGUCCACAAUUGAAGCUGUGGUGUUCGCUUUACAGAUUCUUGAGCCGGAUAAUCGUGUAAAGCUGGAUCAGCUGUUGGAAGUCUUUAACUCCAUGGUUGUAGAUCAGGUGGAGGGAAUGCGCCGAAAUGGGAAAUCUUCACUUAUUCCGGAUGAUUGGAUUGAGCCAGGAACAUUAGCAGCCAAGGUUUCCAUCAAGGUCGUCGCCAACAAUGAUGCGCCCCAGGGAGCAGCAAACUUGCAAGUCAACUGUUUCUUGCAGGGCCUGAACGCAUUUGACGUCAGAGCAUCAGGUCGAGAUCGCCCGCCUUUCAAAGCUCUCCUACCGAAAACCCCGAGAUUCCACCCCAACGUCCCUGACACGAGGCCUCUCGCAUCGGAGGUUCCCAUCUGUUCUCCACUUCUUGGUGCACAAACGGCCUUGCCGUUGACACCAGGUUCAGGCAUAAUCCAUUCAGACUUACAUCAUCGUCAAGGAAGAGCUUACCUUCCUCCUUUCAGCCCGGUCCCUUUUCCGACGGCAGCCAUCACAGGCACUCCGCAGCAACACAGGCCGGAGGCAGGUUUGGGGGAGGAUAGCUCAGCAAUAUGUUCACCCAAUGACGCAUCUCAUUUGCACAAAUCUCCUAAGCCGGAAAUACAUUGUGCUGAGUUAGACAACCAAGAAGAUUGCAUCAGGAAGGAGCACUCCUUGGGAGAAUUGGCGCAUAAGGUCGUUGGAGCCUGUCUGAUGAAAGAGGGAGGGAAGCUGAACCUUGAUGAACUGGAGAAUUUUCUUGGAAUACGCAGAAGAAAACUAUAUGACAUUUUCAACGUCCUGGAGUGUAUCAGCAUAGUAAAGAGGCAAGGCAAGCAUGAGUAUCUGUGGCUUGGAUCAGAUGGCAUUGGUGAAGCGCUUGCCAGAAUAAAGGGCAACGUCAUUGCUGUUGGAGAAGGAAGUAUGAGUGUGGGCGUGGCUUCACUGCAGAGCGAUAACUCCGUCUCAGAAAAGACAUCACCAAGAACGGCAAAACCACACUGUGAUGGUUCAGGCAAGGAAAGCGAAGUCAACCCAGAUGCACGAAGAGGGCUGAGCUUGAGGACUCUUGUAGAGAAAGUUAUUCAGCUCUUCCUUCAGGACACGAAUGCAACACUAUCCUGGGAGGAUGCAGCUGAGAUGUUGCUCGAGCCACGAGAUGAUCGAUCUCGCACCCGGAGGCUGUAUGAUGUGGUGAGCAUGCUGAGUUCACUUUAUUUGAUUGAAAAGGUGGAGCAGGCUCCUGCAACCACUCCAAAGUCUUAUUACCGCUGGAUUGGAGCCAACGGUCCUCAGCAAUGUUUCGAGGCAAUGAUCAAAGGAUUCACAAGCUCAUCGGCUAUUUCACAACAUGACGUAGCAUCUGCAACCCCAGAACCUGCUUUGAAGGCUGGAAUUACCCCUGCGAAGAGAGAUCGCGAGCUUCCAUCUAUCACAUGGCGAGUUGUGCAGACUCCCCUUCGCAUGCCUUCGGCUGAGGUCCAGGAGGCAUUUACUGCAAGAUCGGGCAUCUCCAUCUCAACUCCUGGAGCAGCACAACCACUAAGCCAUGCUUCACGUACAACACAACAGACGCAACAGCUCCAUCACCAAUCACCAAUGGCAUCCAGCCUUCAAUCUCAGCAACGGCAGCAGCAGGGAAAGCAUUCGUCGCAGCUGCAGACUCCUGCUAAGCUGCUGGGGGCCGGGAAGAACGUCUUGGAGCCAUCAAGCCAUAAGCGUUCUGCUCAGAAGAAGCAACAGGCCUUGCGGCAACGGCAGACCACGGAGCCCGACCGUGAACCAGCAAGCCCCGCUGAGCCUCUCGUGAGAAACAGUGGCGGAACUCUACGGCUCCGAAUUACGGAUGGAGUUGCUGUACCUGAUGAGGCUGGUCGAAGGUUGCUGACUGGUGAAGAUGGCGAAGCCUCAGCCCCUCCAAGCUCUCUCGCAGGCGUUGGGCGCAGCGAGUCCUCUGGGAAGCUUGUUUCACUGGCCUCCUUUUUGCAGAGCCCAGCUGGAGGACCAGGCCAGGCAUCUGCACAAGAAGCAAGAGAAGUUUUCCUGGAUUCGUCAUCACAACCAGAAGCAGUCCCAAGCCCUGGUGCAAGGCAGGCUGGAGGAAGUUCCCCAAGCAAGAGGCCAAGGUUAUCCUUUCAGCAGCAUGCGGAGUCUGGUCAGCCUGUACUCCCUACCUGUGCAACUCAGACUGCUGAUGCACAAACGUCGGGGCUUGAUUUGUUGCGGCCAGUUGCACGGAGGCCAACCGAGGCAGAUCUCGGCACACAGGGGGUUGUUCCUGUGGUUGGUGCAGAAGGUGGGCAUGUGCUACCAUUUCCUAUGCCUCUUGGCCUCGGCACUGCUCCGGAAGCAGGCUCAGCUAUGGCAGUCGCUGCAGCUGCCGCUGCUGCCGCUGCUGCAGCAGCAGCAAGUACAGGUGGAGGAGCAUUCCCACGUCCAGCCAUGCCCGGAAUGCCCCAAGCGUUCCCAGGACCACCUGCUGCAUCUUUGCCUCUUUUCCGGCCAGGGCUGCUUCAAGGCGCCCCACUGGCAGUACCUUCACCUGGAGCCCUUCACAGCUUGCUGUGA